GAUAUCCAUGUACAAUAGUAGUUCUAAGAACAGUAUAAAGACAGCGCACUCUUCAGUGUGAAUUGUGUUGCGAUAUUGGGUCCAACAAUUAUUUGAAGUUUUGAAAUAACAUAUUGAACUUCAACGAAAUCAUGAUAUUUCACUUGAUAAUACUGACGACCACGUCAUUAUUUUCGCAAGUGAAAUGUAGGACUUACGUUCCGGAAAAAGAUUUUGUGGAACAUAAUCUUAAUCGUCGACAGACAAACAAUCUUACGCACAAUCCUGCGUACAAUCCUACAGAACAGCAACAAAUAGCAUUCGUUGACAAAGGACAAUACCCAAAUGGAUGGAAUCAAAAUAUUAUAAAAGGAUAUUAUCGUUCGCCAAUAAUAUUUUCAGACAAAGCGCCAGUAACAAUUAACUACAGAGGUAUUCGCAGCGGUCCGGGACAACCACCGGAUGGAUUUAAAAACUCCUAUCCAAUAGUAAUUUCAUCUCAAGGUAAGGUUACUGUGAAUUACGACGAUAGUCAGGACGACGUAGCGCCACCGAUCAACCAGGAAAUUUGCCAGUUGACCAACAUCAUGGUCGAGCUUCCGAGUGGUAUCGUUCUGCCAUAUAUAAAAUUCAAGACCAUCAGUCCUUAUUUGCCAGCUGAAGACCAAAAAUCAGAAAUCCGUGUUAUACUUGACAACAAAAACAUGACGUACAAACAGUUCCAAGAAACUUUGCGGUAUUACGGUUGUGGUGAUCUAGAGGACUCGCCGCGACCGUCGGAAAUCGGCUCGACCAACCACGUCACAUUGGCCAACGGUACACUGAAAGUAGAAAUGGACGAAUACCGGAACAUAGUGAGCAGCUUAACAUCGGGAUCGGAAACUUUAAUGGUGCCCAACGUCGUUAGCGGAAAGUAUUCACUGUACCGUUCUCUCAUAGCGGACGAAUUGCCGGAGCUGAGAGGUUCAUCAUUUGUCAUCACGCACGAGGGAAUGGUAGUGCCGUUUUCGUUGUACUACGCCGUGGACAGAGAACAUUUCCAAAGGCCACCGACGGCUGCAGUUGUUCCCUGCAAGGUUCGGCAGAUCAAAUGGCGUGACGGCAAACUAGUGGAUGUGCAGACAGUGAGACACGUGAUUGAUGCCCUGAGGAACCCGACGAUGAUCAACUUUAUUUUCCCAAACGGGAAACGCAUGCCGUUCGUCCGGUGUAGUGUGGAAGAGCCGACCGACUCAUACGACUACGAUCCGGAAAAAGUGAUGGUGGACGUGGGCCAGUGCAAAAACGUUCUGUUGUCGCAUUUCAACGACAUCCUUAAGGCUGUGCAUAUUCCUGACGACAACUGUAAAAACAAACGGUUUAAUCCUCCCGCAGUGUUCGCAUUGGAUCCAAAGUGUCUGAAUAUGACUGAUAUUUAUAAUAUGACGGACCCUGUGAAUCCCCAAACUAAUAAUUGCACAGAACUCAUGAAUAAAACUACCAACCCUAGCACAUGUAGAAAAAUGGACAACAUAACUACUAUAGAGUCCAAAAAUAAUACUACUGAAACCCCAGACUGUACAGAAAUAUAUAUUAAAAAUCAACAAAAUAGUUCUAGUUCAAUUACUGAAGGCAAUAAAAUGCCUAUAGUUAAAAGCAACAAUGACCAAACUGAAACUAAGAACAAAACGGUAAGUCCACCAAACCUAACAUCAAAAAAUACAACCGAUUCAAAUACUACCACUACUAUCAAUCCUAACCAGGCAACAAUGACUUCAACUCACCAAAAUUCUUCUAAUCCAGUUUCUGGAUAUAAAGAAGAACCUACAAUGAACGACAACAAUCAAAACCAAGCAGAAACUAAAAACACAACAAGUCCAAACUUUGUGAAUAAUACCAGUAAUUCAAAUAUUACUAACACAAAUAAAAAAUACGAACCCAACGACACUAGCAACAGUACCGUAACUACGGAAAUUAGAAAUGAUACUACUACCGAUCAAAAUAAUAACCAAAACAGUUCUAAUCCUGCAGUUAUUGAAGGCGAUACAAUCCCCAUAACGACUGCAGGCAACAAUAACCAUACUGAAACUAAGGACACAACUACUACAAGUGUACCAAACAUUACUGGAAAUACGACUGGUUUGAAUAAUACCAAUACAGACAAAAUAUAUAAACCUAAUGACACCAGCAACAAUACCGUAACUGCCGAAACUAGAAAUAAUACUGAUUUAAACUAUACUGCAGUAGUAACGGAGAAUCGUCAAAACGGUUCUAAUCCAGUGAAUAGAACUAACGAUGUACCAGCAGUAACCAAUACCAACAAUUACCAAAAUCUGACAGAAACUAUAAACACAACAGCAAGUACGCCGAGUUAUACGGAAAAUACGAAGGUCGGGUCAAAUGCGGGCAGAAAAGACAAUGAUACUUAUACCGGAAGUAAUGAAAACCCCAGUGUCAACAAUACCGCAGAAACGAUACAGACUUCCGGCGCGACCAGAGCAUCCGACGCUGCAGAUGACGUCGGACCUGUGGAAAAUGGCAAAAAAAUUCCCGAAACGAAUACUGGAAUCGACGAUGAAACGUCAGAUGACGCAUACAACAUUACAACGACUGGGAAGACGGAAACCAAUCAACCCACUCCAAUCUAUACUGAAACCAUUAAAAGUCCUAAUAACAAUUCCGUGACGAAUAACGCUACGAAAAUCAUAAACAUAAUCUUGUACUGACUCCUAUUCAGGCGAAUAAUACAAACAAUUAUAAAUUAUAUGCUAAUACAGUGCCUAAUACGACGCAACCGUUGAAAAUAACGAUCAUUAAAAUAUUAUUAAUUUAUAAUUUUAUUUCGGAUAUUACUGGUCAAAUUAUUGUAAUAAUAUUAUUAUGUAUUUUUCUAUUUUUUCCAUUUAGACCCUGCUGUUGUCCUUUGAUCAAAUCCUUGACUUAAUAAUACACUAAAUACACUUUGUUAUAUUCCACUAAUAAUAUAAUAAUGCAGGUGUGCUGUGUGCAAUAAAUAAUAACUAUUAACUAAAUUAUAUUAUACAUCUACCACGUUUAAUCUAGUAAUAUUAGUAUAAUAGUUGUAAUGUAAAUCAUAUGUAAUGAUAUUUUGUGAUUAAGUUAUUAUAAUUGGCAUGUAGGUACCUGAAGUAAAAUAAAUUGUAAAAUAAAUUAUAUUAUUUCGUUUAUUA